AUGUACGAUCUGAGCAGUGCUGAUUUCCCAUCAAACGGUCCCUCAGGCAGUCUUAGGCACUCCUUAGGCUCAACAAUGCUCAACCAACAUCAAUCAUUGGCAAUACCCGCCGGACACCAGCUCUCGAUGCAUCCGGUGGUUACACCGAUCCGUCUAGUUACCUCGCUGCUAGGAACCAGACCCGAGGGCCGUCUGGUAUAA